UUGGUCUUUUCGCACUCGAAAAGGAGCCGUCUGCCACUUCCCUCCUCUGGCCAUCUUCAAUGCUCUAUCCUCCUUAAGCUCCGAACUCACGCUCUCCACCAGCUUCCGCUGGUCACCCUCCUCUAGGGUUACGGCGAACCUCGCCGGGAAUUUCCUCACCCUCGGCUUCGAGUUUCGCAGGCCUCAUUUUGUAAACGCAGACGCAACUGUUCACAGUGCUUACAUUUGUGGAGGGAAUCGUUGGAUCUUGGUGCACGAUGAAGGCUCUUGACUCGUAUAGGUUCUGAAGUGAUGGGAUUGGGAUCAGCCACUGUGCAGGGGGAUGCUUCAGUGAGUUCUGUGAAGUCGAAGGGGAGAAGAAAGAAGUGGUGGAAGGAUGGGGAGCAGAAGGAAGGCUGGAAGUGCCGGUGGUGGAGUAGGUUUUGUUUGGUUGGGAACUGUGUCUUCAGGUCGAAAUUGGAUGGCUCAGUUAGCAGCUUACGCAUGAAAAAUGCCGAAAGCAAAUCCAUACGAAAUGGUAGUGGUGAUCAACCAACAACCAUUGCAGCCUCCACUUCUACAACCUACUGUACUACAGAAAGCUGCAUAUCGACUCCUGGUGUUUGUCAAGAGCUAAGAGUUGCAUCUCAGCUGCGCAGAUUCACUUUUAAUGAGCUCAGAUGUGCUACAAGAAACUUCAGACCCGAGAGUCUUCUUGGUGAGGGAGGCUUUGGUUGUGUCUUCAAGGGAUGGGUCGAGGAGAAUGGUACCGCUCCGAUGAAACCUGGUUUAGGGCUUACUGUUGCUGUGAAGACCCUUAAUCAUGAUGGACUUCAAGGGCAUAAAGAGUGGCUGGCAGAGGUUAAUUUUCUUGGUGACCUGAUUCAUCCCAAUCUAGUGAAGCUGAUUGGAUAUUGCAUUGAAGAUGAUCAAAGGCUGCUAGUUUAUGAAUUUAUGCCUCGAGGAAGUUUGGAGAACCAUCUUUUUAGAAGGUCUCUUCCUCUCCCUUGGUCCACCAGAAUGAAGAUAGCUCUUGAUGCUGCAAAAGGCCUUGCUUUUCUUCACGAGGAAGCAGAAAGGCCAGUAAUAUACCGUGAUUUUAAGACAUCAAAUAUCCUAUUAGAUGUGGAUUAUAAUGCCAAACUUUCUGAUUUUGGGCUUGCCAAAGAUGGUCCUGAGGGAGAUAAGACUCAUGUGUCGACACGGGUAAUGGGAACGUAUGGAUACGCCGCACCCGAGUAUGUUAUGACAGGGCAUUUGACAUCUAAGAGUGAUGUCUACAGCUUUGGAGUUGUCUUCCUUGAAAUUCUGACCGGCCGUCGAUCCAUGGACAAGAAGCGACCGCACGGCGAGCACAAUUUGGUUGAAUGGGCUCGACCCUAUCUGAGGGGAAGACGGCGCUUCUACCAGCUCAUAGACCCUCGUCUGGAGGGCCAUUUCUCCAUCAAAGCCUCCCAUAAGGCCAUCCAACUUGCCAAUCAGUGUCUCAGCCGGGAUCCCAAAACAAGGCCUCUCAUGAGCGAGGUGGUUGAAGUUCUGAAACCUCUGAUAAACCUCAAAGACAUGGCUGUAUCUUCCUCCUUAUUCCAGACCAUUUCAGCAGCCAAAACCAGUAACCUGAAUACCAGGAAUGGUUCUUUCAAGAUGCAGGGCUCCUUCAGAGCUCAAGGUUCUUUAUCAAGAAAUGGACAGAAGCCAGAGAGCAACUUCUCAAAUGGCGCUCAAGCCACGCCGCCUAACCAGACACCAUUGAACCAGACGCCGAAGACUAAUAUCAGUGAGAAAGAGCAAUGAAUCUUCUUCUUCAACUGAGUCUGAACUGAAAUGGAAGAUCAGUCGAGGUGACGGCGAUUCAAUUGAAGAUCUCAUGAGAUUAUGUUUGCGAGUCAACUUUCUGUUUAACAAAGUUUUCCCUUUAGAUUGUUUUUCCCAAAUUUUGCGGAAAAAGCUCAUCUUUGAAAGUUAGAUUGUGGGAUGGAGCUUUAAGAAGAAGAUGGAUCUGAGCGUUUUGGUUCUGUGCUGUCAUUUGUAGUAUAUAUUUGCUGUAAUAAAUGGUAACUCCAUCCACAGUGUUCAAGAUUGAUUAAGAUAAGGUGUGAUGAAGCAUCUUAUUUGUUCUCUAAAAUUGAAGGGAGUUAAUAUUGCCAAAA